AUGCCAAACUUCUACAACUAUCAGAGCCUCUAUCCCUCUUCUUUGAACGAUCCAAGAAACGCCGGACACUGGGAGAACCCUGCAGACUGGCCACGCACUUUCUACUACGUCUCAGCUGACGGAACCCAACAGGGCAUUCAUCCUCCAGCACCUGUCUAUCAAUCAAACCAAUCUGCACAGCCAGGCAUGUACUACCUCGCUGGUACUUCCUCUGCUCCCGCAGGCUACUACGCGAAUGGCCUCUACCACGGUGUUUCUGCACCUAAUGCAACAUCCGGUUGGCCUUACACUUGUUACCCAUUCUCCAGUACCCCUGCUGCAAGUUCGUUCUUUGCGGCGUACGGCUACUCACCAUAUUACACAGCACCUCAGUCGUUCCCCAUGACCGGCAUCGCGCCAUGGAUGCAGACCUCAGCUCCAGCUCAAGCCGCCGCCGCCGUAGCUGCCAACGCUACUCUUCAACAAAUGCCAAAUGCACCGGCGUUCUUCGUCGGAGCCACUGCCGCUGAGAUGCAAGCUCAAAAUGCGAUUCUCGCCGCCAAUCUCACCGCAGGACAGUCACAACCGACCAUGCUCGCACCCUACAAACCCGGCUCGAGCCCACAGUUCUGGUGCAAAGAGUUGGAUGGUAGCUGGACAUUGAGAGAGUACAACGACACGUUGAAGAGCGACUUUCCACCAGGGCGUUGGGAGCGUCAUGGAACAAGCGGUUACUACUACUACGUCCGUCACAGCAGCUAA